GGCAAAUUCCUCUGCUACAGGUGCGGAAAGGAGGGGCACAUGGCGAGGGACUGUGAGGAACAGAUGUCACAGAAAAAAGAAGGGGGACAAAAGGGACAGUACAAAGACGAAAGACAUGGCCCCCCCCCUUCACAUAACCUACAUAGUUAUGACAACUGACUAGACGUAGAAAAGGAAGAAGAGGACGUCCACACACAUCACAUUGACCUUUCUGAAGUAUUACUGAAUCUGUCAGACAACAGUAUUAAACCUACCAGAACAAUCGAAAUCAAUGGGGAAAAAUUAGAAUUUUUAUGUGACAGCGGUGCAGACUCAUCAGUAGUGAACAAAGAGGUCCAAAGAAUGUGGCCACCAACUGGCACUAUGUUUGUAAAAUCAGCAAAUGGACACAUAAAUCAGAGGUCGAUUUCAAAGCCACUUUUUAUGGAAGAUAGAAGGUCAGGCCUCCAGGCAUCCCUCAAAUUUGUGUUCAUCUCAAACUGCCCUGUCAAUUUGCUAGGGAGAGACGGCAUGGAAAUGUUAAAAAUCAGUGUAGUACCAGUCAAAGGGGGAAUGCGAGCAGUAGGGCCCGGAGAAAAGGUGGAAGACCAGGUCUUCCUUCAAAAAUCCAUAAACACCCCCAACUACUACUGGUCACUAGACAUGCCACAACCUGACGUGACAAACACAGGUGAACACCUGUUAACACUAUUCACCCCACAACAUGGCCAAGAAGUAAUGAAACCUGACGCAUUGCACGUUACACUAAAGUACAAGAACACCCCUGGCCCAGACAAAGACUAUGAUGUGCUCGUGCAUCGACUGACACCACAGAGGGUAGUGUUCCACUCGAUGUAUGCAAACCAACACGGGGAUGUUGUAAUUGACGCUAGGGUCCCAUCAACCACUGCCUUGAUAAUGGAACCAGGUUCCACGCCACACAUAUCAGUAGCUAGGGGCCCAGGGACUUCAUGGAGAGACUUAGGUUUAUUAGUGGCUAGAGGUAACAGGAUAACAAAAUGGACAGAUGACAAAAACGGUUGGCAAACUGGAGGCGGGUUAAAGCGCAAAACUCUAGGGUUUACUCUAGUGAUGACACCACGCGCCCACCUAGACGACCCUGAACAACAAUGAUGUAUGCUAAGUGAAGAGGCCUUAGAGGUCCUGAAAACGGUGCCGCCAUGCGUAUGGUCACAAGGAAAAUGUGAUGUAGGUCGCAUGGUGAACGCAAAACCUGUACACGUUAGACCAAAAACUAACUACAGACCUAACAUAAGACAAUACCCCUUAAAAGAGGAUGCAAAAGUUGGCAUCAAACCUGUAAUUGAAGAAAUGCUAAAAGCAGGGAUCCUGCGUGAGUGCCCUGAUGCAUCAUGCAAUACCCCCAUCUUCCCAGUAAAAAAGGCUGAUGGGCAGUCAUGGAGAAUGAUUCAAGACUUAAGAGCAGUAAAUGAUGCUGUACAAAGCACAGCCCCAACAGUACCAGAUCCACACACGUUAAUGAACGGCCUUAAGCCAAAUAUGGCAUGGUUCUCAGUGAUAGACUUGAGCAAUGCCUUUUUCUCCAUUCCUGUAGAAAAAGACUCACAAGGAUGGUUUGGGUUCACACAUGAAGGAACAAAAUACACAUACACCAGAUUACCUCAGGGGUAUGUGGAUAGCCCAACAAUCUUUUCACGAGAAAUAGCUAAUUGUUUGGCUACAUUACAGAUACCUGACACAUCGCAGAUUUUGGUAUAUGUAGAUGAUAUUCUUGUUGCGUCACCCACACAGGAAGAAAGCACAAAAGUCACACUACAAGUAUUGACACAUUUGGCCAAAACAGGAAACAAGGUUUCAAGACAGAAACUUCAGUUUGUGAAAGAGGAAGUGAUCUUUUUAGGCCACAAUUUAAACCGAGAAGGGAGACGCAUACACUCAGAGAGGAAACAGACGGUGUUAAACGAACCAAAGCCAACAACAAAAAAACAAAUGAUGCAAUUCCUUGGGCUGACUAACUAUUGCAGAGCAUGGAUUCCAGACUACGCAGGAAUGACUCAGCCCCUACUAGAUUGCAUAUACUCAGACAAUGACAUGAAAAUGUCCGGCAAGAUAGAAUGGACACAAGAGGCAGAAGCUGCAUUUGAAAGUACUAAACAGUGUCUCGUAGGGUCAUCAGUGUUAGCAUUACCAGACUAUGAAAAACCAUUUGUACAAACAGUUGACUGCAAAAAAGGGUUUAUGACAUCAGUAUUGGCACAAAAACACGGCACAAAACUAAGGCCUGUCGCUUACUACUCUAAAAGGUUAGACCCAGUAGCACAAGCAUUACCAGUAUGCGUACAAGCAGUAUGUGCGGCAGCAAUGGCGGUACAUUGUACAGCAGAAAUAGUUUUGUUCCACCCACUCACACUGAUGGUUCCACACGCAGUCACCAUGUUGUUACAUGACACCAAAAUGGCUUUCUUAUCACCUGCACGUUAUUUGGCACUGACAGCUACACUAAUGUCACAACCACACAUUGUGAUAAAAAGAUGUAAUAUCUUAAAUCCAGCCACAUUAAUACCUACAGCAGAAGAUGGAGAACCACACUGUUGUAAAGAAGAGACUGACAGAACAUGCAAACCAAGACCAGAUUUGAAAGACAUACAACUACUCAGUGGCGAAACAUGGUUUGUGGAUGGGUCCUGUUCUAAAUCUAUAACAGGCCAAAAUCAAACAGGGUUUGCAGUUGUAUCACACUCACAGGUCAUAAAAGCAGGCCGACUCCCCCACACAUAUUCUGCACAAGCAGCGGAAUUAGUAGCUCUUACAGAAGCAUGCAAAGCGGGGGUUGGAAAAGAUGUGACUAUGUGGACAGACAGCCAGUAUGCGCACUCAACAGUACAUAUAUUUGCAGCCCAAUGGGCCCGCAGGGGCAUGAAAACGUCAACAGGAAAACCAGUCACCCAUGCACAGCUGCUGACUGAUCUUUUAAAAGCGGUGUUGUUGCCGAAAAGCAUUGCGAUAUGCAAAUGCGCUGCGCACACCAGUGGGAAGGAUGCAGUAACACUUGGCAAUGCACACGCGGAUAAGGUAGCGAAGCUAGCAGCUAUGGGCGAAUAUGGGUUCCAUAUCCUCUUGCAGAAGGGGGAAAGUGUUUCACAACCAAUACCUCUUGUGAUAUUAAGGGAUAUGCAGAACAGCGCACCCGACAGAGAAAAGAAGAAAUGGUUGACAGAUGGUGCAACCACAGACCCUGAGGGAACAUUCAGAAUAAACAACAAGAUAGUACUCCCUGUUAGUCUCUACAAAACAGCAGCUCAUUUGAGUCAUGGGCCGUGCCAUGUCUCAACAGGAGGGAUGGUGACAAUAAUAAAUGAACACUUCCAUACAUACAACUACAUUACAUUUUCUAAAAACUUUUGUAGAGCCUGUGUAGUAUGUUGCAGACACAAUGCUCAAGGCAAUGAGCGACCACAGAGAGGAAAGUAGAAACAUGCAUGAGAAUCACGCCCACGGCAAAAGGGUUGUCUCCCUUUGAGAUCAUAACAGGAAGGCAAUUCAGAUUACCAAUCACAGACGAGGUGAGGGAGGAGGAUGAUGCUGAGGCAGAGACUAC